AUGCAUUAGACACUUGAUCGAAAAACUCAAACAUCGCAAAACGUUUAAGAAAACGCGUUCGCUGCUAAAGUUUUGCUUUGAUUUUACGGGAAAAAAAUUAUCCAAUUUUGAUGAAAGACUAGUUCAAUUCAUACUCCACAACAAGCUAAGUCAGCUACUCCAAAAUGGCUUUACCCCCCUACAUGAUUCCACCGAAUCAAUGGGCGGCCCACAUGAUGGCGCAGCAGCAGGCGUUUGCCGUCCAGCAGGCUCAGGCCCAACAGCAGCACCAGGCGGCAGCCGCUCAAAUGCACGCCCAACAGUUGGCUGCAACGCAGAUGCAGAUUCCUCCCCCGAUGGGACACAUUCCGCCGCCGGGUCCUCCGAAACCGGAUAUUAUGAUAUCGGAGGAAAAACUAAUGGAAAAGGCACAGAAGUGGCAGCAGCUGCAGACGAAGCGGUUUGCCGAGAAACGCAAAUUUGGGUUCGUUGACGCUCAGAAGGAAGAUAUGCCGCCGGAGCAUAUACGUAAAAUUAUACGCGACCACGGUGAUAUGACCAGCCGGAAGUAUCGCCACGAUAAGCGGGUUUAUUUGGGUGCGUUAAAGUAUAUGCCGCACGCUGUGAUGAAAUUGCUGGAGAACAUGCCAAUGCCAUGGGAACAGAUUCGAGACGUUCCAGUGCUGUAUCACAUAACGGGAGCGAUUACGUUUGUCAAUGAAAUACCCUGGGUCAUCGAACCGGUCUAUAUUGCCCAGUGGGGAACGAUGUGGGUUAUGAUGCGUCGUGAGAAGCGAGAUCGACGUCACUUCAAGCGAAUGCGGUUCCCUCCUUUCGACGACGAAGAACCUCCGUUGGAUUACGCAGAUAACGUGUUGGAUGUGGAGCCAUUGGAAGCUAUUCAAAUUGAGCUAGACGCCGAGGAGGAUUCAAGUGUGUACGAGUGGUUUUACGAACAUCGGCCAUUGACUGGAACUCCGUAUGUGAAUGGAUCCACAUAUAGGAAAUGGAACUUGACAUUACCACAGAUGGCGUCACUCUAUGGACUAGCAAACCAGCUGCUAACGGAUCUUGUGGAUGAUAACUUCUUCUAUUUGUUCGAUCCGAAAAGUUUCUUCACGGCUAAGGCGCUGAAUAUGGCCAUUCCUGGAGGACCGAAAUUUGAACCACUUAUCAAGGAUCAUAAUGUCGGUGAUGAGGAUUGGAACGAGUUCAAUGACAUCAAUAAGAUUAUCAUCCGUCAACCCAUUCGCACCGAAUACAGAAUAGCCUUUCCCUACCUGUACAAUAACAUGCCACACUUUGUACAUCUCUCGUGGUACCAUGCUCCAAACGUUGUCUUCAUUAAAACCGAGGAUCCCGAUUUGCCGGCGUUCUAUUUCGACCCCUUGAUUAACCCCAUCGCUCAUCGUCACGCGGUCAAAUCGACGGAACCACUUCCGGAUGAUGACGAGGAAUUCAUUCUGCCGGAAGAAUUCCAACCUUUCCUACAGGACACACCACUUUACACCGAUAACACGGCGAACGGAAUUUCUCUGCUAUGGGCGCCGCGUCCGUUCAAUAUGCGUUCCGGUCGUUGUCGGCGAGCCAUCGAUAUUCCACUGGUCAAGGGCUGGUACAAAGAACACUGUCCCCCGGGGCAUCCGGUGAAGGUUCGCGUUAGUUACCAGAAACUGCUGAAAUAUUAUGUACUCAAUGCGUUGAAGCACCGCAAACCUAAGCCACAGAAAAAACGUUAUCUGUUCCGGUCCUUCAAGGCCACCAAAUUUUUCCAGACGACUACACUGGAUUGGGUCGAGGCCGGACUGCAAGUUUGCCGCCAGGGUUAUAACAUGCUUAAUCUGUUGAUUCACCGCAAAAAUCUCAACUAUCUUCAUUUGGAUUACAAUUUCAAUCUUAAACCGGUGAAAACACUAACUACCAAGGAACGUAAGAAGUCACGUUUCGGAAAUGCAUUUCAUUUGUGUCGCGAAAUAUUGCGUCUGACGAAAUUGAUAAUUGACUCACACGUGCAGUAUCGAUUGAAUAACGUCGAUGCGUUCCAGCUGUCCGAUGGCUUGCAGUAUAUUUUUGCCCACGUGGGUCAACUGACCGGAAUGUAUCGUUACAAGUACAAACUGAUGAGACAGAUCCGUAUGUGUAAGGAUUUGAAACACUUGAUUUACUAUCGAUUUAACACAGGACCAGUCGGCAAAGGACCGGGAUGUGGCUUCUGGGCUCCCGGAUGGCGCGUAUGGUUGUUCUUUAUGCGUGGCAUCACACCUCUGCUCGAACGUUGGCUUGGCAAUCUGCUCUCGCGUCAAUUCGAAGGUCGUCACUCCAAGGGUGUGGCGAAAACGGUCACCAAGCAGCGUGUAGAGUCACAUUUCGAUCUGGAGUUACGUGCCUCCGUUAUGCACGAUAUCGUGGACAUGAUGCCCGAAGGUAUCAAACAGAACAAGGCUAGAACUAUCUUGCAGCACUUGUCGGAGGCCUGGCGUUGCUGGAAGGCAAACAUUCCCUGGAAAGUUCCGGGACUACCGAUUCCCAUUGAGAAUAUGAUUCUACGUUACGUCAAAAUGAAGGCCGAUUGGUGGACUAAUACUGCUCACUACAACCGGGAGCGUAUCCGGAGGGGAGCAACUGUUGACAAAACUGUUUGUAAGAAGAACCUCGGUCGUUUGACACGUCUCUAUCUGAAGGCUGAACAGGAGCGUCAGCACAACUAUCUGAAGGAUGGGCCGUACAUUUCUCCGGAGGAAGCGGUAGCAAUCUAUACGACUACGGUGCAUUGGUUGGAGUCUCGUCGAUUCGCUCCCAUUCCUUUUCCUCCGCUGUCAUACAAGCACGACACGAAGUUGUUGAUUUUAGCUCUGGAACGAUUGAAGGAAGCUUACAGUGUUAAAUCUAGACUUAAUCAGAGCCAGCGCGAGGAGUUGGGAUUGAUUGAGCAGGCUUACGACAACCCCCACGAGGCGCUGUCCAGAAUCAAGCGUCAUUUGCUAACACAGCGAGCAUUCAAAGAGACGGGCAUUGAAUUCAUGGAUUUAUACAGCCAUCUCAUUCCCGUGUAUGAUGUGGAGCCACUCGAGAAGAUCACCGACGCCUAUCUGGAUCAAUAUCUAUGGUACGAAGCAGACAAGCGGAGAUUGUUCCCACCUUGGAUCAAGCCCAGUGAUACUGAGCCACCGCCACUGUUGGUGUACAAAUGGUGCCAAGGCAUCAAUAAUCUGCAGGAAGUAUGGGACGUAUCGGAGGGAGAGUGCAAUGUACUGUUAGAGUCCCGCUACGAGAAGCUGUACGAGAAAAUCGAUUUAACACUGCUCAAUCGCUUGCUGCGUCUGAUCGUGGACCAUAACAUUGCGGAUUACAUGACGGCUAAGAAUAACGUCGUCAUAAAUUACAAGGAUAUGAACCACACCAACAGUUAUGGUAUAAUCCGUGGGCUGCAGUUUGCUUCGUUUAUCGCGCAGUACUAUGGUUUGGUGCUGGAUCUGCUGGUGCUGGGACUGCAGCGAGCCAGCGAAAUGGCUGGUCCUCCCCAGAUGCCGAAUGAUUUCCUAACGUUCCAGGACGUUGCGACGGAAUCGUGCCAUCCGAUUCGUUUGUAUUGUCGGUAUGUGGAUAGGAUCCAUAUCUUUUUCCGGUUCACUGCUGAAGAGGCGAGAGAUUUGAUCCAGCGCUAUCUGACCGAGCAUCCCGAUCCGAACAACGAGAACAUUGUGGGGUAUAACAACAAGAAAUGUUGGCCACGUGACGCCAGGAUGAGACUGAUGAAGCAUGAUGUGAAUCUGGGCCGUGCAGUGUUCUGGGACAUCAAGAAUCGCCUGCCGCGCUCGGUAACCACCGUGCAGUGGGAUAAUACUUUUGUGUCGGUGUAUUCCAAGGAUAAUCCGAAUCUGCUGUUUAACAUGUGCGGAUUUGAAUGCAGAAUUUUACCUAAGUGUCGCACCCAAAACGAGGAAUUCACCCAUCGGGAUGGAGUGUGGAAUUUGCAGAACGAAGUCACCAAGGAACGUACCGCACAGUGUUUCUUGCGGGUCGAUGAUGAAUCCCUAUCCCGGUUCCACAACCGUGUGCGACAGAUACUCAUGGCUUCCGGAUCGACGACAUUUACUAAGAUCGUCAACAAAUGGAACACAGCGCUGAUUGGUUUGAUGACAUACUUCCGUGAGGCUGUUGUCAAUACCCAGGAAUUGUUGGAUUUGCUGGUGAAGUGCGAAAACAAGAUCCAAACCCGUAUCAAGAUUGGGCUGAAUUCGAAAAUGCCUUCCAGAUUUCCGCCGGUGGUUUUCUACACACCGAAAGAGUUGGGCGGUUUGGGUAUGUUGAGUAUGGGACACGUACUGAUUCCGCAGUCGGAUCUGAGAUGGUCCAAGCAGACGGAUGUGGGCAUAACACAUUUCCGCUCGGGUAUGUCUCACGAUGAGGAUCAACUUAUUCCCAAUUUGUAUCGAUACAUCCAACCGUGGGAAAGUGAGUUCAUUGAUUCGCAGCGAGUGUGGGCUGAGUACGCGCUGAAGAGACAGGAAGCGAAUGCGCAGAAUAGACGUUUAACGCUGGAAGAUUUGGAGGACAGCUGGGAUAGAGGAAUUCCGAGGAUCAAUACGCUGUUCCAAAAGGAUCGACAUACGUUGGCCUACGAUAAGGGAUGGAGAAUUAGGACUGAGUUCAAGCAGUAUCAAGUACUCAAACAGAAUCCGUUCUGGUGGACCCAUCAAAGACACGAUGGAAAGUUGUGGAACUUGAAUAACUACAGAACCGAUAUGAUUCAGGCGUUGGGAGGUGUAGAGGGUAUUUUGGAGCAUACCCUUUUCAAGGGAACAUAUUUCCCCACUUGGGAGGGUCUCUUCUGGGAGAAAGCAUCCGGUUUUGAGGAGUCUAUGAAGUAUAAGAAACUUACGAACGCUCAGCGUUCGGGUUUGAAUCAGAUUCCGAAUCGUCGGUUCACUUUGUGGUGGUCUCCAACGAUCAAUCGAGCCAAUGUUUACGUUGGUUUCCAGGUGCAGCUUGACUUGACUGGUAUUUUCAUGCAUGGUAAAAUUCCGACGCUGAAAAUUUCAUUGAUUCAAAUAUUCCGUGCCCAUUUGUGGCAAAAAAUUCACGAAUCAAUUGUGAUGGAUUUAUGUCAAGUGUUCGAUCAGGAGCUUGACGCACUGGAGGUUGAAACCGUACAGAAGGAAACUAUUCAUCCCAGAAAGUCGUACAAGAUGAAUUCAUCUUGCGCUGAUAUUUUACUCUUCCCGGCGUACAAAUGGAACGUUUCGCGGCCAUCUCUUCUGGCUGACACCAAGGACACGAUGGACAAUACAACCACGCAGAAGUAUUGGCUGGAUGUACAACUGCGUUGGGGUGAUUACGAUUCGCACGAUGUUGAACGUUAUGCAAGAGCAAAAUUCCUGGAUUAUACCACGGAUAACAUGUCUAUCUACCCAUCCCCAACUGGGGUAUUGAUAGCGAUCGAUCUGGCAUACAAUUUGCACAGUGCUUAUGGAAAUUGGUUCCCGGGCUGUAAACCGCUGAUUCAACAAGCCAUGGCUAAAAUAAUGAAGGCGAACCCUGCUCUGUAUGUACUUCGCGAGCGUAUUCGCAAAGCAUUACAGCUAUACAGUUCGGAACCAACGGAACCUUACCUUUCGUCACAAAACUACGGAGAACUUUUUUCCAAUCAGAUCAUUUGGUUCGUGGACGACACCAAUGUGUACCGAGUAACCAUCCACAAAACGUUUGAAGGAAAUCUGACCACCAAACCGAUCAACGGAGCCAUCUUUAUUUUCAACCCACGAACGGGUCAACUUUUCCUGAAGAUUAUUCAUACCUCUGUAUGGGCUGGUCAGAAACGUCUCGGUCAGCUGGCAAAAUGGAAAACAGCUGAAGAAGUUGCUGCGCUUAUUCGAUCGCUCCCGGUUGAGGAACAACCGAAGCAAAUCAUUGUCACCCGGAAGGGUAUGUUGGAUCCACUCGAGGUGCAUCUGCUUGAUUUCCCCAAUAUUGUUAUCAAAGGUUCGGAGCUGCAGCUCCCCUUCCAAGCUUGCUUGAAGGUUGAGAAGUUUGGAGACUUGAUUCUGAAGGCUACCGAGCCUCAAAUGGUUCUUUUCAAUCUGUACGAUGAUUGGCUCAAGACAAUUUCAUCCUAUACCGCCUUCUCGCGUUUGAUUCUGAUUCUCCGAGCCCUCCAUGUGAACACGGAGAGGACUAAGGUAAUCUUGAAACCCGACAAAACCACCAUCACAGAGGCUCAUCAUAUUUGGCCAACUCUUAGCGAUGAAGAGUGGAUCAAGGUUGAAGUGCAGCUCAAGGAUUUGAUUCUGGCCGAUUACGGAAAGAAGAACAAUGUGAAUGUCGCUUCACUAACACAGUCUGAAAUUCGUGACAUCAUCCUGGGUAUGGAAAUUUCUGCUCCCUCAGCUCAGCGUCAACAAAUUGCCGAAAUUGAAAAACAAACCAAGGAGCAAUCGCAACUCACAGCGACUACCACGAGGACUACCAACAAGCAUGGCGAUGAAAUUAUCACCUCAACUACCAGUAACUACGAAACAACGACAUUCAGCUCGAAGACUGAGUGGCGUGUCCGUGCCAUAUCGGCCACCAAUUUGCAUCUGCGAACCAAUCACAUCUACGUCAGUUCCGAUGAUAUCAAGGAAACUGGUUACACUUACAUUCUACCCAAGAAUAUCCUCAAAAAAUUCGUCACCAUUUCCGAUCUUCGAGCGCAAAUCGCGGGUUAUUUGUACGGUGUGAGUCCUCCGGACAACCCACAAGUCAAGGAGAUACGAUGCAUCGUGAUGCCUCCCCAGUGGGGUACCCACCAACAGAUAAACCUCCCGAACUCCCUUCCUGCCCACCAAUAUCUCAAAGAUAUGGAACCACUCGGCUGGAUUCAUACUCAACCGAACGAGCUACCCCAGCUGUCCCCGCAGGAUAUCACGACGCACGCCAAAGUGAUGUCCGACAAUCCAACGUGGGACGGUGAGAAGACCAUCAUCAUUACCUGCUCAUUCACCCCCGGGUCGUGUUCACUCACGGCAUAUAAGCUCACCCCAUCGGGUUACGAAUGGGGUCACAAGAACACCGACAAGGGCAACAACCCCAAAGGAUACCUUCCGUCGCACUACGAACGCGUUCAGAUGUUGCUGUCGAACAAGUUUCUUGGGUUCUUCAUGGUGCCGGGUCAGGGCAGUUGGAAUUACAACUUCAUGGGAGUGCGGCACGAUCCGAACAUGAAGUACGAGCUGCAGUUGGCGAAUCCAAAGGAGUUCUAUCACGAGGUACAUCGACCAUCACAUUUCUUGCUGUUCUCCAGCCUGGAGGAAGGAGGCGACGGUAACGGUGCCGAUAGAGAGGAUUUAUUCGCAUAAAAUGGGUACGGGAGUUUGUUAAGUGUACAUAGUUUAACGGUUCCACAGACAUAAGCUAUAAUAAAUAAACAAAAACCAUG